CAAACAUUCAGAGGAAGCGGUCAGUAUUUUUACCUUUUCCAACCAAUAUUAUCAAUUCAAGUCAAGUUUCAAGCCUCUUUUUGUGAAUCUGUAACGUGAUUGAUUGGUCUCAAACCUUGGAGUAGUGAAUAUAUAGUCAGAAUACGGAGUUAAUGCUGGUGUAAAUAUGCUUAUGUCAGGUGAUGACCUGAGACUGAACGUCCAUGGCCUUGGCUUGAAGCCCUAGUAAUGCUUGCUAUAGUACUUUGUUGACUACUCCUGUGAACUGUGAACUUUGUGCGAUAACUGAAGGAUUCUACAGUAUUUUAUAUCAACAAACAACCAAAGAAAAUUGCUGUGAUGACAAUAGGCCCAGUGAUAAAGUGACGAGUCGAGGCCAGGAAUAACCAACCUGUCCUAACUAAUAUGGACAGAACAAUAUCAUCAAACGGCAAGAUGAGCAGUUCAGAAGAGGUGUCAUGGAUUGCUUGGUUCUGUGGCCUUAGAGGCAAUGAAUUCUUCUGUGAGGUGGAUGAAGACUACAUUCAAGAUAAGUUUAAUCUAACGGGUCUGAAUGAACAGGUGCCACACUACCGCCAAGCACUUGACAUGAUUCUCGACCUUGAGCCAGAUGAAGAGGAAGAAAUACCCCACCAGAGUGACCUUAUAGAGCAAGCAGCAGAGAUGCUCUAUGGUCUCAUACAUGCCCGUUACAUUCUCACAAAUCGUGGCAUUGCUCAAAUGAUCGAGAAGUAUCAGGCUGGUGAUUUUGGUCAUUGUCCGAGAGUUUACUGUGAAAAUCAGCCUAUGCUUCCCAUUGGAUUAAGCGAUGUUCCUGGUGAAGCCAUGGUGAAGCUCUACUGUCCAAAAUGCUGCGACGUAUACACACCUAAGUCUUCUCGCCAUCAUCAUAUUGAUGGGGCCUAUUUUGGUACAGGAUUUCCACACAUGCUAUUUAUGGUACAUCCAGAGUAUAGGCCAAAGAGGCCUGCUAACCAAUUUGUACCCCGGCUAUAUGGUUUCAAGAUUCAUCCAAUGGCAUAUCAGAUUCAACAACAAGCAGCAGCAAAUUUUAAAGCCCCUAUGCGAGCCAUCAACUAUAAUAACGGGAAACGUUAGAAAUAGUUACUGACAAUAAAAUACACUUUUAUUAUUAUAACAGAUAUGAUUAGAACCUAAACUCUCACUCUUUAUUUUAUUUCUAACCAGUUUUGUGGACUUAUUUUAUUUUUAUUUUUUCUCUCUCCAACUAAAAUAGUCUCCUCAAUGGAUGUUGUUUAGUGUCAGGGAAAUGUGACUUAUUUGAUUUAAGUGAUUCAAGUUGUGUUUGUGCAUUCCCAACAAGUUGUGCAAAUAGAUAAAUGUGCCAACAAGAAAAUUACAGUAAAGACCUUAUGGGAAUGAUGAAACUACAAUAUUUAGAAAUUUGAACAGUUUGUAGCACAAGUCUUAUACAGUGACUGGCAGGACUGUCAAAUGACUGGGAGAUCUCUGCAUGGCAAAUCAACUGCACACAUUCCGGAAGAGUCCAUUACCUCACUCCUUGUUCACCUCUGCAGCCAUGGAGUGAUCUCUCUUUUGAUAAAUCUAGUGAAACCACUUUGCAAACAUAUAACAUUUAUCAAGAAUUAAGUACGUUCGGUUUUCAACAUACAGAAACUUCUUCUAAUAAAAUGUAAAUAUAUUCUA